GUGAGUUUAUUAACUCAUUUGUUUAAAAUACCCUUGCACCUUUUUUUAAGUACUGCAAAAUAACCGAAGCGGGGCCAGCUUUCUUUCCUUUGUUUCUGGCGUCUGAAGUCCACCCAGGACUUAGUCCCUCUGCACUUCUGUGCGUUUGGUGGGGGGGGCUCCCAAGUACCCUCUCGAUGGGGCAAAUUCAGUCAUCCACUUCGUGGGGAAAGGGAAGGGGAGGGAGCGCAGCAGUUGGGCCGCCCCAGGGAUUCCAGGGCCCCUCACACACCACUAGUCCACACGUUCUAUCAAAUCCCGGGCUCCAGCCAAGAAUUCUGGCCACGCCGUUGUGGGAUACUGGGGAAACGAGACGCUGGGAGGACCCGCUGGCUAGAGGGGCGGCCUCUCCUCCGUCACGUGACUCGGCCUGCCCGGGGCUAAUGUCAGGUCGCGCGUCACGGUUGCACUUUCUGAUUGGCCCAACUGGGUCAAUUUGAAAGGACUACGGGGGCCGCGGCGGUUCAUUUUCGGCGGCGUUUCCCCCCCUCCUUUUUUUUUUUUUAUUUAAUUCCUUCUCUCCGGUUCCCUCCUUCCGUGCGAGUCUCAGGAGAAGCCGCCGCGCCAGGCGCCGCCGCCGCUCAGGGCCUGCUCCCCUUGCGCAAUGGACUGGCAGCCAGACGAACAAGGCCUGCAGCAGGUACUGCAGCUGCUCAAAGACUCGCAGUCGCCCAACACAGCCACACAGCGCAUCGUGCAGGAUAAACUCAAGCAACUCAACCAAUUCCCCGACUUCAACAACUACCUAAUCUUUGUCCUGACGAGGCUCAAAUCAGAAGAUGAGCCAACCCGGUCUCUCAGUGGGCUCAUCCUCAAAAACAACGUGAAAGCACAUUACCAGAGCUUUCCACCACCUGUGGCUGACUUCAUCAAGCAAGAGUGUCUCAACAACAUCGGCGAUGCCUCCUCUCUCAUCCGGGCUACCAUCGGUAUUCUUAUAACCACCAUCGCUUCCAAGGGUGAGCUGCAGAUGUGGCCUGAGCUGCUGCCCCAGUUAUGCAACCUGCUCAACUCGGAGGAUUACAACACUUGUGAGGGAGCCUUCGGAGCCCUGCAGAAGAUCUGUGAAGACUCCUCCGAACUCCUGGACAGCGAUGCGCUCAACAGGCCGCUCAACAUCAUGAUCCCCAAGUUCCUGCAGUUCUUUAAGCACUGCAGCCCCAAGAUCCGGUCCCACGCCAUCGCCUGUGUGAACCAGUUCAUCAUGGACCGAGCCCAGGCGCUGAUGGAUAACAUUGACACCUUCAUCGAGCACCUGUUCGCCCUGGCUGUGGAUGACGACCCCGAGGUGCGGAAGAAUGUAUGCCGUGCCUUGGUGAUGCUUCUAGAAGUGCGCAUUGACCGGCUCAUCCCCCACAUGCACAGCAUCAUCCAGUACAUGCUCCAGCGGACCCAGGACCAUGACGAGAACGUGGCCCUGGAGGCCUGUGAGUUCUGGCUGACGCUGGCCGAGCAACCCAUCUGCAAGGAAGUUCUGGCCUCCCAUCUGGUCCAGUUGAUCCCCACUCUUGUAAAUGGGAUGAAGUACUCGGAAAUCGAUAUCAUUUUGCUCAAGGGCGACGUGGAAGAGGACGAGGCUGUCCCCGACAGCGAACAGGACAUCAAGCCACGCUUCCACAAGUCACGCACGGUGACGCUGCCCCACGAAGCCGAGCGGCCUGACGGCUCCGAAGAUGCGGAGGACGAUGAUGACGACGAUGCGUUGUCCGACUGGAAUCUGAGGAAGUGCUCUGCAGCUGCGUUGGACGUCCUGGCCAAUGUUUUCCGGGAGGAACUGCUCCCGCACCUCCUCCCCCUGCUCAAGGGCCUCCUAUUCCAUCCCGAAUGGGUGGUCAAGGAGUCCGGCAUCCUGGUGCUGGGUGCCAUCGCCGAGGGCUGUAUGCAAGGCAUGGUGCCCUACCUGCCCGAGCUGAUCCCACACCUCAUCCGGUGCCUGUCGGACAAGAAGGCCCUGGUCCGCUCCAUCGCGUGCUGGACACUGAGCCGCUACGCCCACUGGGUGGUCAGCCAGCCUCCGGACAUGCACCUCAAGCCUCUGAUGACAGAGCUACUCAAACGCAUCCUGGAUGGCAACAAGAGGGUGCAGGAGGCAGCCUGCAGUGCCUUCGCCACCCUGGAGGAGGAGGCGUGCACGGAGCUGGUGCCCUACCUCAGCUACAUCCUGGACACCCUCGUCUUCGCCUUCGGCAAGUACCAGCAUAAGAAUCUGCUCAUCCUCUAUGACGCCAUCGGCACUUUGGCCGACUCCGUGGGCCAUCACCUCAACCAGCCGGAAUACAUCCAGAAACUGAUGCCACCGCUCAUCCAGAAGUGGAACGAGCUGAAGGAUGAGGACAAGGACCUCUUUCCCCUGUUGGAAUGCCUCUCCUCGGUCGCCACUGCCCUGCAGAGUGGCUUCCUGCCCUACUGCGAGCCCGUGUACCAGCGCUGCGUCACCCUGGUGCAGAAGACACUGGCCCAGGCCAUGAUGUACACCCAGCACCCUGAGCAGUAUGAGGCCCCCGACAAGGAUUUCAUGAUCGUGGCACUGGAUCUGCUCAGCGGCCUGGCUGAGGGCCUGGGCGGCCACGUGGAGCAGCUAGUGGCCCGGAGUAACAUCAUGACUCUGCUCUUCCAGUGUAUGCAGGACUCAAUGCCUGAGGUGCGGCAGAGUUCGUUUGCUCUCCUGGGAGAUCUCACCAAAGCCUGCUUCAUCCAUGUCAAGCCCUGUAUUGCCGAGUUCAUGCCCAUCCUGGGCACCAACCUGAACCCCGAGUUCAUUUCCGUCUGUAACAAUGCCACCUGGGCCAUCGGUGAGAUCUGCAUGCAAAUGGGGGCAGAGAUGCAACCCUAUGUGCAGAUGGUCCUCAACAAUCUGGUGGAGAUCAUUAACCGGCCCAAUACACCCAAGACACUGCUGGAAAACACAGGUCGCCUGACGAGUCCCUCUGCCAUUCCAGCCAUCACCAUUGGCCGCCUGGGCUAUGUGUGCCCGCAGGAGGUGGCUCCUAUGCUCCAGCAGUUCAUCCGGCCUUGGUGGAUCCUCCACGGCUUCAAAGACCAGGUCGGGGAGGAGAACUGGCAGCAGUUUUCGGAGCAGUUCCCGCCGCUGCUCAAGGAGAGACUGGCGGCCUUCUACGGCGUCUAGGCGAACGUGGAGACUGCCAGGUUUCUGUCUGCGUCAUCGUCGAAGGGAUUGCUGGGAGCGCGCUGUGUCCGGAAGUCGCGGUGCCCUGGUCGAGGGGGGGGUAGGGAGGCGUGCGCGGGAUCCAAAC